AUGGUUGGUGUACCUGUGCUAACUUUAAUCCAAGUAGCACAGAUCAAUUUUGUAGCCUGUCAACUGUUUGCACUUUUGGCUGCGUUUUGGUUUCGUAUUUACUUGGGUCCCAGUCAUGCCAGCUCUGCUGUUCGCCAUGCAUUUGCCACCCUCUUUGGAAUAUACUUUGCUGUCUUCUGCUUUGGGUGGUAUUCCAUUCAUCUUUUUGUCCUGGUGAUGAUGAACUAUGGCAUUAUGAAUAUGGCGAGUAUUCCCAACAUCCACAGGUACUCCUUUGUCGUAGCUAUGGGAUACCUCACAUUGUGCCACAUAAGCCGAAUAUACAUUUUUCAUUAUGGUAUUCUCACUACAGAUUUUUCCGGUCCGCUGAUGAUAAUUACACAGAAGAUCACAACACUUGCAUGCCAGUUACAUGAUGGAAUAGGGCGACAAGCUGAGGAACUCACUGCUGAGCAAAAUCGGCUUGCUGUAAAGACAAGACCUUCUUUACUAGAGUAUUUAAGCUAUCUCCUCAAUUUUAUGAGCAUCAUAGCUGGGCCUUGCAGCAAUUACAAGGAUUAUAUAGCCUUCAUUGAAGGAAGGCAUGUGCACAUGAAACUGUUAGAAGUGAACUGGAAGCAGAAGGGUUAUGACAGACUUCCUGAUCCUUCUCCAACUGGAGCAGUGAUGUACAAGCUGUGUAUCACACUAGUAUCUCUCAUUUUAUUCUUGACACUUACCAAGAACUUUCCUAUGGCAUAUAUUAUUGAUAACGAAUUCCUUGAUAAAACACCUUUCUUGUCAAGACUUGGUUACCUGUAUGUUGUAACACAGGCAGCAAAACCAAAGUAUUACUUUGCAUGGACGUUAGCAGAUGCAGUCAACAAUGCAGCUGGUUAUGGAUUCAGUGGAGUUGAUGAAAGAGGCACUUUCCGCUGGGACCUGUUGUCCAAUUUGAAUAUCUGGAACAUUGAGACUGCAACAAGUUUUAAAAUGUACAUUGAAAACUGGAACAUUCAGACAGCUGCCUGGCUAAAACGUGUUUGCUAUGACAGAGCUCCUUGGUACCCUACAGCUUUAACGUUUAUCCUGUCAGCCCUGUGGCAUGGUAUCUAUCCUGGAUAUUAUUUUACGUUUCUCACUGGAAUCCUUAUCACACUUGCAGCCAGAGCAAUAAGAAACAAUUGCAGAUAUUACUUCCUCUCGUCAGUGCCUCUCAAGAUAGCCUACGACGUUGUUACCUGGGUUGUCACUCAACUGGCCGUGUGCUAUACUGUUGCACCAUUUGUUAUGCUGGCUGUUGAGCCCACGAUUAAAUUUUACAAGUCUAUGUAUUUUCACAUGCACAUUCUAAGCAUCCUGGUGUUACUCAUCUUACCGAUCAGACCUCAAGCCCACUCCAUAAGGAAGCUUCAGAAUCAGGCCAUGCAGAACUCUGUUAAAAGCAAAGACAAAUGA